UCCUGAGAGAGGCAAACGGCGUGGUCGAGAGAGUGUUCCAUCCUUUCAAAGAUCACGAUAUUCACCGUAAAGAUUGUUAGAGCCGGCUGGCGUUUCGUGUGCAAGGAUAGGCUUCAACUGUGUUCAGAACCAGAUACACAAAGAUGGCAACAACAAACAACAAGCUGAGUUUGAGUAUCAGGAGCAAGGCAAAGAAGGACUCUUCUGUGACCCACAUGCGGACUCAUACUGGGGAAAAACCCUACAGAUGUGAGGAGUGCAACAGGCAGUUCAGUGAGCUGGGUACCCUGAAGAUGCAUAUACGGACUCAUACAAGGGAGAAACCCUACAGAUGUGAGGAGUGUAGUAGGCAGUUCAGUGAGCUGGGUAAUCUGAAGAGACACAUGCAGACUCACACGGGUGAGAAACCCUACAGGUGUGAGGAGUGCAGCAGGCAGUUCAGUGAGCUGGGUACCCUGAAAAUCCACAUGCGGACUCACACAGGUGAGCAGCCCUACAGAUGUGAGGAGUGUAGCAGGCAGUUCAGUGAGCUGGGUAAUCUGAAGAUUCACAUGCGGACUCAUACAGGGGAGAAACCCUAUAGGUGUGAGGAGUGCAGCAGGCAGUUCCGUCAGUUGGGUAAUCUGAAGGCACACAUGCGGACUCACACAGGGGAGAAACCCUAUGGGUGUGAGGAGUGCAGCAAGCAGUUCAGUGAGCUGGGUAAACUGAAGAAACACAUGCAAACUCACACUGGUGAGCAGCCCUACAGGUGUGAGGAGUGUAGCAGGCAGUUCAGUCAGUUGGGUAGCCUGAAGAAACACAUGCGGACUCACACAGGUGAGAAACCCUACAGGUGUGAGGAGUGCAACAAGCAGUUCAGUCAGCUGGGUAAUCUGAAGAGACACAUGCGGACUCAUACAGGUGAAAAACCCUACAGAUGUGAGGAGUGCAGUAGGCAGUUUAGUGAGCUGGGUAGCCUGAAAAUCCACAUGCAGACUCACACAACCCUACAAGUGUGAGGAGUGUAGCAGGCAGUACUAGUUCAGUCAUCUGAGCCACCUAAAGAUAGUCAUAUAGAUUCACACAAGGGAUACAACCUUAGAAGCAAGUUUGAGAUCAUAGUAGAAUGUUGAACUUUAUUCCAACACACAAUUGUACAGGGAUCAAAUUUUCAGUCGCGUUUGUCAGGAUAAUUAAUGACCAAUCACCUCACAACGUGAUAUCGCGACAGUUACGGUUUACAAACACGUGACCUUAUUCACACGAGAACUGAUACGUGAUGUGAGCAAUUGAUAAAAAAUGCCACCAUCUCUAUUA